AUGCAAUUCGAAGUUAUUGCAAAAUGCCACACAACUCGAGCGCGAGUUUGCAGAAUGAAGCUUGCCCACGGCAUCACAAUGCUUCCUACAUUUAUGCCUGUGGCAACGCAAGGAGCGAUUAAAGGCUUGACCCCACAACAGGUUGAAUCGCUCGGAAUCACGCUUAUGUUGAACAACACAUACCAUUUAAAUUUGCGACCUGGGAUCAAAGUCCUUGAUGAAGCGGGAGGAGCUCAUAAAUUCCAAGGUUGGAACCGCAAUCUUCUCACAGACAGCGGAGGCUUUCAGUUGGUCUCUCUGAGCAAGUUCACCAAUAUUACUGAGGAUGGUGCCUUGUUUACUAGUCCAUUCAAUGGAGAGCCAACAAUGCUUACGCCUGAAGAAAGCAUUUCUAUACAGCAUUCAAUCGGAGCGGAUAUUAUCAUGCAACUGGAUGACGUAGUCAGUAGUCUGACUGUUGGACCUCGAGUUGACGAGGCCAUGCACCGAUCCGUUCGAUGGCUAGAUCGUUGCAUCGAACAGCAUGAAAAGUCCGGCCGAAAAGACAAACAGAACCUUUUCGCUAUUGUUCAGGGAGGGUUGGAGCCAGCAUUGCGUGAUCUAUGUCUUGAUGCCAUGAUUGAGCGGAAGGACCGAGUUGCUGGGUAUGCUAUAGGCGGUCUUAGUGGAGGGGAAGAAAAGGGUGUGUUCUUUGACUGUAUCAAGCAGUGUGCAGACCGGCUACCUUCAGAUCGGCCUCGAUAUUCCAUGGGCGUAGGUUUUGCAGAAGAUCUGCUGGUCUGCGUUGCAUUGGGUGUUGACAUGGCGGAUUGCGUAUUCCCUACUCGAACUGCAAGAUUUGGUGUAGCCUUGACUUUCAAGGGGCCCCUGAACCUUAAGCUCGGAAAGCACACGAAGAGCAUGGAACCUAUAGAUAAGAACUGCCCUUGUCCAACAUGUACAAGUGGCAUGUCCCGAGCUAUGUUGCACCACAUCGUCACAAUAGAGACAGCUGGAGCUCACGCUGUCACGAUUCACAACCUUGUUUUCCAGGCCCGGGUCAUGGGCAGUGCAAGAGAUGCUAUCCUCGAAGGCCGAUUCCCUGAGUACUUAAGGUCGUUCUUCUACAAUUACUUCGGUGAUACAGGGUACCCCGAAUGGUGUGUAAACGCUCUGCGCAGCGUUGGGGUGGACCUGAUGCAGGGUGUUGACGUGCCGUUAAUUCAAGGAUCGGGGGUGAAAUGGGAGUACUCGGACGCGGCUUGA